AUGAACGCCAUAGACUUGCUAGAAACACCUCACUCUGACGUCGGACAUUUCGCUGAAGCCCGCCGGAGGGCUGCCUUUGAACUUCAGACCAAGCUGUUUGCUGAGAUGGUGGAGCGGCGGCCCGGAGCACAGUGCUUCUACAUCCCAGAGGAUAGAAAGGGUAAGAUCAUCACGCACGCUGCCAUUCAGGAACAAUGUCCGGUCGGUGUUGACUCGCGUUACGUCGAAAAUGUGCACAACCUCGGCAGGAACCUCUUCGCGAUUCUCGGUUACAUUGGACAGGCGCCCGAUCUAUGCGCGUUCAUCGAUGAGGGGCUGACGGACGCCGAUCUUCCGUUCGUCUACCAAUCCGCCACAGGCAUUCUAACACGGAAGGACGGCACCGAGAUACGAUCUUCAAAAGACUGGGAGAGCGCUACGCGCUUUGCAUUUGUCAGAGACCAAUGGAACAUCCUUACACCUAUUUUUUCGGACAAGGAACACUACCAAUUCCACGACAACACCAUUCUGCCUUUCACUCAUGAGGAACUGGUUAGUAAAGGUGCUUACAGCGAAAUGUAUGAAGCAACUAUCCACUCGGCCCAUCAUCACUGGCAUCAGGGGCCUGACCAGUCUCCGCUUUCGGUGGCGAUCAAAAAGCUUCAUUUCCAUGACGAAGAUGAGUUUGAAAAGGAGCGAACGAUCCUUGUUGCACUGGAGGGGAAGAAAAACAACCAUCUUGUUAAGUUGCUUUUCUCGUACGAAUACAGAGGCAUUUACCAUUUGGUCUUCCGGCGUGCGACGGGCAAUCUCAGGAAAUUCUGGGAACUCAACCCCGAUCCGCAAUUCAUACCGGAUACGAUUCUCUGGUCACUCCGACAGAUGAUAGGCAUCACACAAGGAUUACGGAUAAUCCACAAUUUUAAGGUCACAAUCCCUCUUUCGGUAACCGAAGUGGAGAUGGAAACACCGCAAGGAAAGGCCAUCAUGAGCGUCAGCAAUGGGGAGGAGAGAUUCGGCAGGCAUGGUGACCUGAAGCCAGAAAACAUCCUCUGGUUUCAUGAUUUCACAGGUGAUGUCUGCCAGAUUACGGACUUUGGACUUGGAAGAUUCCACGGUCGCGACACAAGGACGAAGGCAGCACCGUACACCAUAUACAGCUCGCCAACCUACGAGCCCCCGGAGUGCCAUAUAUACCUGCCGGUGUCCCGCGCCUACGACCUAUGGAGUCUCGGCUGCCUGUUUCUCGAAUGGGUGAGCUGGAUGCUGGCUGGAUGGCAGGCGAUCGAGGACUUCUCUCGAAGCCGCGUGGAGCAGUCUCUCAUCAUGAAUCAGGAUGGCGCCAUCUACGACGACUACUUCUGGAGCUUCGUCGUCGAGGGGAACAACAGAAACGCCCGCGUACGGGACGGAGUCGAGCAAUGGGUCCUGAAGCUUCGCCAGCACCCGAAAUGUUCGCAACUCAUCCAUGACGUCCUCAGUCUCAUUAUGCAGGACCUUCUUUGCAUCGUCCCGAGUAGACGCUCAAGUGCAGCUUCGCUCCACAACGACCUGGGCGCCCUGGUCAGCCGCGCUGAGCGUGACCAUGGAUACGCCCUCGAUCCAUGCCCUGAGUUCCCAAGCAUAUAA